UUGUGUUAGAUUAGAAGAACUUUCGCUGGAAGGUAACUACUUCAGGGGAAGUAUCCCCUCAUUGAGUUCUUUGCGAGGUCUUCGGUUAUUAGAUCUAUCAAACAACAAUCUAUCUGGUCAAGUUCCACAAUAUUUGGGUGAUUUUGACUUGCAGCUUUUGAAUCUUUCUUUUAACAGCUUUGAAGGUUCAUUGCCAACAGAAGGUAUAUUUAAAAAUGCAAGUGCAAUUUCCGUGCUUGGAAAUUCGAAGCUAUGUGGAGGUGCACUUGAACUGCAGCUUCCUAAAUGUACCCAAAAAGAGUUAAAUAAGAGUUUCCCAACAUCCACCUUUAAGUUAACCAUCUCAAUAGUUUCUGGAGUUCUUGGGUUGGCCUUGCUCUUUUGUUUCAUAAUAUUUUACAGUUGCAAAAGAAAGAAGACACGUUUGGCAAGCUCUACGAACCACUCCCUCGUACAAGUGUCUUACAGAAGCCUGUACCAGGCUACAGAUGGAUUCUGUUCAGCAAAUUUGUUAGGUAAAGGUGGCUUUGCAUCUGUAUAUAAAGGAUUCAUGGAAAAUAAUGGAGCAAUAUUCGCAGUAAAGGUCUUCAACCUUUUACAACGAGGAGCUUCCAGGAGCUUCUUGGUAGAGUGUGAAGUAUUGAAGAAUUUCAGACACCGGAAUCUGGUUAAAGUACUAACCGCAUGUUCAGGAUUUGAGGAUGAGGGAAAUGACUUCAAAGCUCUGAUUUAUGAAUACAUGGAGAAUGGUAGUUUGGAUGACUGGUUGCACCCAUGCCCAAAUGAAGACAUGUCUUAUGGGGAAACCAAGAAAUUAAACUUUCUCCAAAGGAUGAACAUAGCUAUUGAUGUUGCAUGUGCAUUGGAGUAUCUUCACAACCAUUCCCAUGAAUCAAUAGUGCAUUGUGACCUCAAACCAAGCAAUGUCCUUCUUGAUGAUGAAUUGGUUGCCAUGUUAGUGACUUUGGAGUAUGGGGUUGGCAGUAAAGUGUCUUCCUCUGGUGAUAUCUUUAGCUUUGGCAUACUUCUUCUGGAAAUGUUCACAGGAAAGCGGCCUACUGAUGACAUGUUUAGAGAUGGUCUUGACCUUCAUAAUUUCGUUUUAGCUGCAUUUCCACAUAGAUUGCUAGAGAUAUUGGAUCCAGUACUUCUAGAAAGCAACGAAAUGAAGCGUGACAAAAUUGAGGAGUGUGUGAAUUCAGUGCAUGGAGUAGGGUUUACUUGCUCUGUAGAAUUGGCAAGAGACAGGAUGAACAUUGCCGAUGUUGUUGCUGAACUGCAGUCUAUAAGAAAUGGUAUUUCUGGGACCACUAGGCAGAAACAGGUGAUUGCAUUUCCAGCUUUGUCGAAUGAAGAAUAUUAA